GCGCGUGAGGCGUUUAAAUGUGUUUCACCUGAUUACAGCGCUGCGCUGCCUGCCCCAGUUCCCAGUCCUCUCCGCAAAAAAGACUCAGAGAGAGACACAGGUGGCACUUAGCAACAAGCCUACUCCAUUAUCGACCAGACCUAUUCCAUUUCAAGAAUUCUACUGGGUAGGAUCACAUUUCACUAAAAGUUUGGGCUCUUCACUCUGGAAUUUGACUUCGAGUUGAAGGCCUUUUGUACUUCUUGCGGUCAGCCUUUCCACUUCCCUGAGAGGACCUCCUAAGGUACCCCAUACGAAAUAGUCUCUCUAACAUGGGAUCACUUACUUCCUGUGAAUGAGUUCAACAGUUCAUCCCUAUCUUCAUGACCCGUUCUGGGACUGCGAAAAAUUUACCAGGGUGGCCUGUUAUCCACUUGACUUCUGGUGGUCAUUGUUUUUAGACUAGUGAAUGUCAGUUCUGGCCCUUGGAGACUCGAGUCUGUCUCCCAGUUGUGAUUCCCCAGACCUCCGCUCUUUUAGAAGAGAAGCAGGAAAUAACCAGGUCUCAGAGUCCAGUGUCGUUUGAGGAUGUGGCUGUAGAUUUCACCCAGGAGGAGUGGCAGUGACUGGACCCUGUACAAGGAUGUGAUGCUGGAGAACCUCAGCUACCUGGUCUCAGUGGGGUAUCCAGCUUCCAAACCAGAUGUCAUCUCUAAGUUGGAACAAAGAGAAGAGCCAUGGAUUAUAAAGGGAGACCUAUCAAAUGGGAUCUAUCCAGGUUCUAAAGUCAAAUCCAAAGACAACAACAACAAAAAGAACAUUGUACAGUAAAGAAGAUUGGCAGGUUGCAAGAUGGAGAGUCCUGUAUGGCAGAGUCCUGUGGGAGCGUCCAUCCAACAGCCAGCAAGGACCUGAAUGCCCUAAGGCCAGCAAUCAGUGAAUUCUGUCAACAGUCAUAAGCCAGCUCCUGCAUCCUGAGGUGGACUUGAGAAGCGGGAAGACCACUGCCAUGUCAUGAAGAUAGCCAAAUAGUCUAAAAAAAGGCCCAUCCGGCAUCUGUCCUUCUAGAUGAGAGCAGAAAAUGAUGAAGUCCCAGACAUCAUCAGUUACAUGAUAUGCAGUCCUCUAAAGAGAAAGCAGGUUAAUUUCUCAUGGGAAGAAAUGGUUUCUUGCCAUGGGUUAGUAUCAUUCAAGGAUGUGGCUGUGGAUUUCACCCAGGAGGAGUGGCAACAGCUGGACCCUGCUCAAAGGACCCUUUACAGGGAUGUGAUGCUGGAGAACUUCAGCCACCUGGUCUCAAUGGGGCAUCCAGUUUCCAAACCAGAUGUCAUCUCCAAGUUGGAACAAGGAGAAGAUCCAUGGAUCAUAAAAAGAAACAUAUCAAAUUGGAUCUAUCCAGACAGGAAGAGUAACCUUGACAAUCCUCAAUCAUGUAUUUUGGGAUCUUUUUCCAUCCAUAAUAAGACACUGAAAGGAAUCACAAAGGAUGAUUCAUUGUACUCCAUUUUAAAAAUCUGUCAAGGUGAUGGCCAGCUACAGAGAUGUCCGGAAAACCAAGACAGAAUUUUCAGUCAAGUAACAGUUAUCAACAACAAAACAGUGACUGUGGAGUCGGGCCAUAAAUAUAAUACAUUGGGAAAAAUAUUUCAAGAGUACAUAGAGCCAGGUACUUCAAGACAAAGCCCCCAUAACUAUGAUAUAUUUCAAAAGUAUUUGAAAUCUAAUAUUGACCUAUCUAGUUGUAAUAAGAUCAAUUCAAGAAAACCCCCUGAUGAGAAUUUUGGAUAUGGAAAAUCAUCUAGUCAAGAUGCAUCUAAUUCUAAUCUUGAGAAAAUUCAAAAUGGAUUAAUACCCUGUGAUGAUAAUCAGUGUGGAAACAUUUUCAUCCACAAGCAAUCCCUUAUUCAGUAUCAGAAUGCUGAAACUAAAGAGAAAACCUGUAUAUGUAUUACAUGUGGAAAAGCCUUUGCUAAGAAGUCACAACUUAUUGUACACCAACGAAUUCAUACUGGAAAGAAACCAUAUGAUUGUGGUGCGUGUGGGAAAGCCUUUAGUGAGAAGUUUCAUCUCAUUGUACAUCAGAGAACUCAUACUGGGGAGAAACCUUAUGAAUGUUCUGAAUGUGGGAAAGCAUUCUCUCAAAAGUCAUCCCUCAUUAUACAUCAGAGAGUUCACACUGGGGAAAAACCAUAUGAAUGUAGUGACUGUGGGAAAGCUUUCUCCCAGAAGUCACCCCUCAUUAUACAUCAGAGAAUUCACACUGGAGAGAAACCUUAUGAAUGCAGAGAGUGUGGGAAGGCCUUCUCCCAGAAGUCACAGCUGAUUAUACACCAUAGAGCUCAUACUGGGGAAAAGCCAUAUGAGUGUACCGAAUGUGGAAAAGCCUUCUGUGAGAAGUCCCACCUCAUUAUACAUAAAAGAAUUCACACUGGAGAGAAACCCUACAAAUGUGCUCAAUGUGAGGAAGCCUUUAGCAGGAAGACAGAACUUAUUACACAUCAGUUAAUUCAUACUGGGGAGAAACCUUAUGAAUGUACUGAAUGUGGGAAGACCUUCUCCCGGAAGUCACAGCUCAUCAUACAUCAGAGAACACAUACUGGAGAGAAACCCUAUAAAUGCAGUGAAUGUGGAAAGGCCUUCUGUCAGAAAUCACAUCUCAUUGGACAUCAGAGAAUUCACACAGGAGAAAAGCCUUAUAUAUGUACCGAAUGUGGGAAAGCCUUCUCUCAAAAGUCUCACCUCCCAGGACAUCAGCGAAUUCAUACAGGAGAGAAACCUUAUAUAUGUGCUGAAUGUGGGAAAGCCUUUUCCCAGAAGUCAGACCUUGUUUUGCAUCAGAGAAUUCAUACUGGGGAAAGACCCUAUCGAUGUGGUACAUGUGGAAAAGCCUUCAUUCAGAAGUCACAACUCACCGUGCACCAGAGAAUUCAUAAUAAUAGUAAAACUGUAAUGAACUGAACACAAGAAAGCCUUCAGUAUUAGCUCAAGCCUUAACAAAUACUGGAACUCUGAUGAAUUCGAUAAGUUUGUGGAAGAUAUCAUUAUAGAUACAAUUUUACAGGAGAAUUCAUAUCUGUAGUGUGAUGAUACCUAACUCAGCAAAGGUGAUGGAAAUUAUGUAAAUGAAGGACAUUUUCAAAAUGGCAUGUAAAGCUUUUAAAGGUACAAACUGAGUGAUCAGUAAAACAAAUUAUGUAUCAGAAUGUUGUCAAGUUACAUAUUCCUCAUUAUGCCACAUAACAAUAACCAGACAUUGUGAAAUUGCUAAUAUUAGCUUAUCAUAAUUUCGGCCAUAUGGCAAUUCUCUAUAAAAGACAUGAAGAAAGGUCGAGUAAAAAAAAAGUCAAUUCCUGGAAACUGCAUUAUAUGGAGGGACUUAGCUUGACUCCUAAAGGUAUAUAUCUAAUAUUCAUGUACAAAGAUGGAAAGAUGGGUUAAUCAAAUUCAAUAAAGGUCAUGUUUGUGUGCUUUCCCAUCUCAAGUAUAUAAGUUGACCUGUAUUUCUGGAAGUAUCCUGGACCUUGAAAUAGAUGCUUCCUGACCAGGUCUCCCCUUUACUUUCCCUCCCUGGGAAUUUGGAAUAGUGGAAAGACUUUGGUUCUGAACCAGAUGGUCUUGGAUUUACAUACUGGCUCAACUACUCAGAUCGUGUGACUUCGGGCAAGCUUGCUUCACCUGUCUGAAUAUUUUUUCUUAUUGAUAAAUAAAAGUACAGCGUAGGACAUAUUUUUAAUUAAUAUUAGUUCUUUUUAACCUUUCUUUUCUAUUCUACUACAACAGGAUGCUAAGAUUAAUGUGUAAAAGACACAUCUGAACUGCUUUGUACUCCAGACACUCUUGCUUUUGAUCUCCCAUUCCAAUGACUGGUUCAUUUUACUGUCUUUGAUCCUGGUGGCCUUGAUUCUUGGUAUGUUAAAGUGACAUUUUAUUAUACUUUUAUUAUGUUUUACAUACACUUAUAUAAAUUGUGGCGAAUGCACAUAAA